AUGGCUGACUCUGAACUGAAUUUAUCAGAUGCCAAGGGGAAAAUUCUGAGGUAUAAUAUAAGUGUUCGGGAGCAAAUGAGAAUGAGGAACCCUAUCAUCGCAGUUCCACCCAGCAGAAAUGAGAGAAUAUGCUGCUCUCAUUGUUCUGUGUCAGUGUCCGCAAUUAACUCAGUGGGUCAAUCUCCUGUCACAUUUAUUCAUCUGCAUUUUCCAGGUCUGGUUUCAGGUUUCCUGUCACACAGGCCAUUGAAUAAUCAUAGUGUUGCCCUCUUCUGGCACAAGCUUGCCAUUGCAAGCCCUGAAUAUGUGGUGCAUUGGUAUCCAGUUGGAAACAUCGAGGCCAUUCAGUGGAUUAGAGUGGUGGAUACCACAGCUCACAUUACAGGUCUGCAGCCUCAAGAAUGCUAUGAUGGUGCAGUUACCGCUCUGCAAUCACCUGGUCCCAAAAUGGCAUCCAUUAAAGACAUCUCCACAUGGCAAUCAGCUCCAGAACAGGGUCCAGUUCCUCAACUUUGCUCGAAGAACAGCGAGAGCUUGAAUGUGACAUGGUCCGAAAUCCCUCAAAGGAAGAGAAGAGGCUGUUUGAAAAAAUACACUGUCUACCUGAUGGACAAGGGAGAUAUUCACAAUUUCAGUGUAGACCAUCCAAACAGACAGUAUGUCAUCAGCGGUCUGUCACCAGGACAGUGUUACAAUCUGUGGGUCACUGCCUGGACUGAUGCUGGGGAGGGACCCAAAGGAACUGCUCUCCCAUUCUGCACACCAUUAUACUCUGAGAGAAUGCUGUCCCUUGUGAUCUUGACUGGUGGAGUAGUACUUUUGGGCUGUCUAAUCCUCCUGUGCCUCUGUCAGUUCACCUCCGUCCAGAAAAGAUUCUUAUGCUGUUGCCAGUGUCUGCUGCCUAUAAUUCCAGAUCCAGCAAACAGCAGAUGUGCAAAGACAUACGCUGAUGACCAGAGUGAAAUCAAAUUCUACCUAGACCAAUGUGACUCCAGCAUGAAUGAGGAGCCUGAUAACGUGGAGGUGGAGGAAGUUCCCUAUCCCUCCAUCUGCACCUACAUCAAAAGUUUCUCUCAGGAGUCCAGCUCCUCUGAUGCCACCCAGAUCACCAGGAUCACAGACAUGACAGAGGACUACAUCUCCACUCAUGGCGCAAUAAGUGGAGGAGAAGAGGAAGAUGAAGAAGAUGAGAUUGGUUUGGACGAAUUUGAAUUCUUCCCAAGCACACACAGCCCUUUCCUGGAGCCCCUGGUUUUAACUGGAGGGAAGCUGACGCUGGAUGUAGUGAAAAUAGACUGCAGCGAGUUUCUGGAUUGCACAUGAUUCUCAAGAGGCAUUAAAAUUGGACCUGACAGUGACUAUCAUACGGAUGCUGAAAAAUAACAAUGGACAUUCCAAGAAUAAUCAGUCAGAAGGACAAACCUUUUCUCCUUGCUCUGAAACCCAGCCAUACCUGCAUCUCAAGCUAAUGUUGGACAUUUUAAAGUCACAAUGUAAUGCAAAUAGCGAAAGAUUUUUCUUUUUGCAUAUUGUGAUGAACAUCCAAGUGAAAUGGACACAAUGUAUGACAGGGGUUUGCUUCUAUCUGUCUGUUGUUGAUUGGAUGGAAGCAGAUCUGAAUGCAAGCUUGCAGUUGACUUUAAGGAAGUGGUUGGUUUAAGCGGACCAAAUGUUUGGAGAAGUCUGGCAUAGAAGUCUGAUGCUUCACCGGAGGAUCAAAUUAUAUUUUAAUAAAAAAAUUGAAGGUAAAAAAAAAAAAAAGUACACAUAGCCUGCCUCAGCUACUUAUCUCUGAAAUACAGAUGAUCUAACAGACUGUUAACAGCCCAUCAAGAGUGCUGGAUACUUAACGAAUGUAAAUUGUAAAGGUUUUAGGUCAUAUUCUACAAAUUCCAUCUUUCCACUAAAACACUCAGCAGCUGUCCAACACUAACUUUAAAACUGUAACUUUUCAACUUUCACAAUACAUCAAGAAAAAAUUGCACAAGUUUCAAUAUCAAGGCAGACUCAGUACUCGUAUCUACUCUAACGCAAGAUGUUUGACACAAAUACAUGCCAUCAGCACAUUAGUUUUUCAUCAGCUCAGCUGAAUACUGUCCUAAUGUAAAGUUUUUAUUUGCAAGUAAACCUUUAAAGUCAAAGCAUCAAGAAAUAAAUAAAUGUUAUUUUUUUGGAUAUUUGUGUGGUUUACUGUCACUACAACUUUAAAAUGAAAUGGUAAAUGGGGCUGAGGAGAGAGGGCAACAUGAUUUUGGCCUAUAGCCAUUUUACCAGUCAGUCACAAAUAGCUGUUCAUGCGUAUUUUACAAACUAAACCUCAAUAAUAAACUAGAUUUCAACAUUUUCUAAAGGAAAUGCGAGCUGCCAAAUGCUUUUGCAAAAUACGGACUUGUGAGUGCAAGUACAAGUCCACUGUAAACUCAAAUUAACCACCUCAUUUACAAGAAGUUCCCACUCGUUAACCUGAAUACAGUAAGUAUUUCUACAGCACAUAUGAAUUUUAAUUUCAAAAUGUAACAUUUUUUAAUUCAAAACUUUAAUUUGUCAACACUAAUGCAUCAUGCACUAACAUAAAAGAACGCUGAACUGCAUUUUGACAACUUUAACCAAGAUUUUAAACAUGCUGCAAAAAAAAAAAAGGCUCAUGUUGGCUAAUGCAUUAAGUGUUUACAACUGGGACCUUAUUAUUUCUAAGCCAAACUCUAUCUCCGACACCAUUUUUACCAAUACUACACCAUAUCAUAAGGACCAGUAUCACUAUUGGAUUUUGGGGUUUGAAGUGGUUUCAUCUUUGAAGUUAAAGUCCACACAACAUCUCUGUAUGAAUCGACUAUCUUUUAAUUAUUGACAGAGGUCUAAUAGCAGGGUAGGAAUUCACACAUCACUCAGCUGUUCCACACUGAACAGGAUGGUUUCUUUCAGACCAGUUAUGCAGGAAACUGUUGUAAAAGCAAUGGGGCAGAAAGAAAAUGUCAUUUCUAACAGGAUUUAUCCAUAACCUGGCUCAAAUUUUUUAGUAAACAGGAGUGGUGUGUAAACUUGCUUCUUGUAUUUAUACUGGAACUUUGCGUAACGAAUGAUACUACCCUGAGUUACCAGAGCCAAUGGCAUAAAGACACCAUUUUGAACUUUACAGUGGUCAUUCGAUAAAAGACACUUUUUGUGGCGAGUGCAACUGAAUCAUCGGAACUACCUCUUGGCAUUAAGUUGUGAAUCAUAAAUUGUACAUUUAAUCGAAAUGAUUUCAGAGUGUGUUUCAAGGCCCGCUUUCAGGAAACCGAGGUGUUUAAUUCAACAAUGAGCAGAACCAAAAUGCUCUGUAAUUUCCCUUAGAAAUGCAGUAACCUUUACAAAUUAAAAGACUAACUUGUAGAUCUUGCACCUGAAAUGGCUGCCUUGUUAUGAGGCUUUUCCGUGUAAAAAGCAAGCUACCGUACACCUCAAGAUAAACCGGUGUGCUCUUCACACCUAUUUUUGGAAAUGCAUAUUUUCAAGCAGCAGUACAAAACUUAUCCAUGAACAAUGCAUAAUUUCUGAGAAAAAAAA